AAAGCGCAACAUGUCGAACCGACGGGGACGUUGGUCAGGAUGGUCAGGAUGAUGAACCUUUCUGAGAACUUUGCAGAGGCUGGUUCUUGUACGAUGUCGGUGUGGUUUAUGCGUGUUUCUUAAAUAAAGUUGCACUCAUUUGGCAAAUACACGUGGAUCUGAAAAGCUGCCAUUUGCGAGGUGAGGCAGCGGCGUGAUGGCAGCUCACCUGUCUCUCGACGAGGCUGAAGUGGCUCGGCUGGUGCUGGAGUUCCUUGCCAACCGUGAGUUGAGCAUCUCGCAGCUGGCGCUAGAGAGGGAGUCCGGCAUCAUCAACGGAGCAUAUUCGGACGACCUGCUCUUCCUCCGGCAGCUCAUUCUCGACGGACAGUGGGACGACGCCCUCGACUUCGUUCAGCCGCUGGAAGACGUGGAAGCGUUUGAUGCGAAAAAGUUCAGGUUCAUCCUUCUGAAGCACAAGUUCCUGGAACUACUGUGCAUUCGGUCAGAGGCAGGUCUUCUCCAGAGUGCAGACCUCGGUGUGGAGGAUAUGGUUGCCUGUCUCAGUGCCCUGGAGCAGUGUAGUCCAUCGAAGGAGGAGUACAACGAGCUGUGCCUCCUCCUCACAUUCCCACGCCUGUGCGACCACCUUGACUACAAACACUGGAAUCCCAGCAACGCUCGGGUCAAUUGCUUUAAGGAGGUCUGCCCGCUCGUAGAAAAGUUCCUACCUGCACCCGUCAAGUCUCCCGCCUCAGUCCAAAAGGCAUCCACCGGCGACCGCCUCAUGCAGCUCCUCAUCAAGGGCAUCCUCUACGAGUCUUGCGUGGACUUCUGCCAGAAACGCGCCACGUCCACGCCUCCGACCCUGAGCUUCACGGACCUCCUCUCCGGGUCGGACGCCGACCUCAGCCUGCUCUCCUGGCUCCGGUGUCUUCCCCCGGAAGUCUUCUCGUACCCGUUCGAACAGACGGUGCUCAACGUCGACGUGCGUCAGCUGGAGAAGCCCUUCCUCGAGGCCUCGUGGACGGAGCAGAUCCUCGCGACCCCCAUCAAGCCGAGGGUCUUCCCCCACUCCGCGGUCCCGCGGACGCCCAUGUCCCGUUCCCUCAUGAUGGCCAGCAUGGAAGGAAGCAUCGGCGGGCUCGCGGCGGGAAAGAUGGCGCUCUCGAUGGCGGACCUGACGGCGUCCAUGACGCGCUCCUUCGGCAGUGCGUUUCAUCUGACCGGAAAGAAAGUGAUGCACACUUCGGUGGACAAGUUGUUCGAGGCGGGUGACGCGUUCAGCACGAGCUGCAUCGACGUCAGGACAGACGCCACGAAGAAUUUCUUGAGAGAGGAGGACGAGGAAGAGUGUGUGAAUGAGGGGGAGAAUAGGGAAGGGUCUGGGGAUGUUGGGGGAAAUAAGGACGGAGUGUCGGAGUUCUGGAAGGAAUUCCAGAGGCUAAAGAACGACCUGAGGCCGCGUCUCAACGCGUUAGCGACCGUGUCCUUUCACCAGGAGGACUACGUGCCAAAGACACCGCCGCGGGAGGAGAAGGUGGUGAGGCUGAUAACCAGCACGCCGCGGGACAAGUGCGUGUCCGCGGAGGCGGCGCAGCAGGGGGCGUCGCUGAAUUCUGUCGAUAGCUACCAACAUUCUACAAAUAUGAGUAUGCAGUCAGGACCGAGAUCUAGUCUACAAAAGUCACAGUCACCACGAACAACACCACCACCACCACCAUCUGCAGGAGCAGCCAGGGUAGUCAUCAACACAUAUUCUCCCAACCACAGUGCAACUGCCAACCACCAGGGGAGCUCCCAUCACGGUGGAGCUCACGUGGACGAAGAAGAUGGAUCCAGAAAGCCCCGCUUCAUGCAGGUGACCAACUUGGAAGAUGCCCAAGUUGUGCGAGCGGCAGACUUCCAUCCUAGCGGACAGUUCUACGCCGUGGGUUCCAACUCAAAGACGCUUCGCAUCUGUGGCUACCCAACAGUCACUGAUCUCAGGGAAGGUGACAUAGCUCAUCAACCCACCGUGUUGUUCAAGCGGCUGAAGCACCAUAAAGGGUCCAUCUACUGUUUGGCAUUCAACCAGACUGGGGACCUUCUAGCCACAGGAUCAAACGACAAGACUGUGAAGCUCAUGCGAUUUAAGUCAGAGACCUGCUCACUCGAAGGUAACGAAGCAGAGCUGACAAUGCACGAUGGCACAAUCAGGGACGUCUGCUUCAUUGAAGAUCUGAGCAACCGCUCCAGUCUACUCAUCAGCGGUGGGGCAGGCGACUGCAAGAUUUACGUGACAGACUGCGAGACGGCAACGGCCUUCCAGGCGUUGUCUGGGCACUCAGGUCACAUCCUGAGCUUGUACACGUGGGGUGGAGCUAUGUUUGUGAGUGGUGCUCAGGAUCGAACCAUCCGUUUCUGGGACCUCCGGACACGGGGUUGUGUCAACCUCGUAACUGCCCCACCAGCUUCAGGAAGUGGACCAGGAAGCCCCGUAGCAGGAGUGUCCGUCGACCCUUCCGGCCGCAUGUUGGUGUCGGGACACGAAGACGCCAUGUGCAUGCUGUACGACAUCCGCGGAGGACGCACCAUUCAGUGCUUCCGACCCCACGCGUCAGACGUCCGCUCGGUGCGCUUUUCACCACGAGCGUACUAUCUGCUCACUGCGUCGUACGACAGAAAGUGCAUUCUCACGGAUUUGCAAGGUGAUCUGACGCAACCCCUACCCAGCAUAGUGGUGGCCGAACACGCGGAUAAGGUGAUCCAAGCACGCUGGCAUCCCAACGACUUCUCCUUCAUCACAACCAGCGCGGACAAGACCGCCGUUCUUUGGGCACUGCCCGUCAAUUAGGGAGGAGGCAUUUACGAGUGACUACCGACGCGAACAAAAGAAAGGCUGUCUUUCAAGGAGUGCAUUUUAUAAUUUACAAAUAUGUUUUUAAAAGACUUUUACCUUGCAUGUCACGAAAGAGUGUAUGUUACUGUGGCAUUGCAAAUUGCAUCACUGACAUGAUACCAGUGUUAGGAGCUUUACUGGGAAGCACAGUUUAGUCAUAACAAAGUGCUGCCACAUUUUUUUUUUUUUUGCCGUUUUGUUAUCAGAGGUUGUGCCCAUUUAGUGAUCAGGGUGUGUUGUGUUCUUGUACCCGGGCCCUACGUUUUUGGGGGGAAAUGACACUGUGCCAGAACUAGGUAGGUAAUAUCAAGUUUUAAAAAUUAGGUAUAAGAAACAGAUUUGCUGAUUACUAUACUGUACCUCACAAAUUCUGUGUCUCAGCUUUGAGUGUUUUAUUGGAAAACUGGGAUACGCAUCGUGCAAUCACACACGUUAUGGGACUCCACGUAAGCAGACAUAUUGUAAAAGAUAGCAAACCAAAUAUAUGUUGAAAAAUGUCCUAGUGGAGAAAAGAGAAGCAGCUGUAAAUAUGUGGAGGCCGUUGUGUUUUGUCAGCUUUGUGAUCGCUGAAAAGACGCUUCAGACAUUUUAUACUUUCCUAGUACACUGUAGCCCGGAUGUGGGGCUCCGCGAAUUUUAACAACGUGCUCCGUUACAAUGUCACGUAGGGAAGACUACUACUACUUAAUAACGUUUCAUUCACUGUUGACGUUUUGGUGUCCCUCAAAUCAAAAGUAGAACUAGGCAAACAAAUAUUGAACAAUGGCUGAACCUGCCGCGCUAUACUUACAGGUUAACGAAUCUUUUGUAUUGGUAUUGUAUCUUGGUGUGUAUUGGCGGAAUGCUGUUCUUUGUAGCAAUCAAAGUUGUGAGGACUAAUCCAAGGGCCUCAAGAGCUUCUCUUUUUUGUAGUUUCCACAAGCAAGAAAGUGGGAUCUUGUUCUUUUUUUUUUUCCUUGGGGAUUACGCGCAUCUCUUUCUUUUCCUUCUUUCAAAUUCUGCUGCUGCAUCAUGCAUUAAGUUAAAAUCGGGACUCAUUUCUGUCAGUAAUUUUGUGAGAACUCAUGAGUUUACCAGUUCAGUAGCACAUGAGGAAGAGAUGUGAGAUGAUCGGUUACAAAUACAGUGUACACACGCGAGCAGAAUUCCUCGGAAUACUUCGGUGGAAGAUAAGCAAAGAUAAGAUAAGCAAAACGUCAUGGCUUUCUGCUGCCACGUGAGCACAAGCACCCUACAUCGCGCCUUUUCUACGGGGAAUAUCCUGCGGCUCAGCCACGAAACAUUUCGUAGCAGACGACAGGGCCGACGCUGUCGUCUGCUCUGAACGUUUUUUGCUUUUUCUUCCGCUGGAAUAUCCCACGGGGACGUUGCAGAUAUGCGGAUACUGUAACAGCUACGUUUUGGGAAGAUAUAUGCGCUCCGAGUGAUGCCCUGCAUACUUAAAAGGAAACCGCGGAAAAAAGUUUUUCUUUUUUUUUUAGUUCAUUAAUUUGAGUUACUGUGUCGAAAAGAAAACCUCGCGUCUUACCCCAAAGAAAGACGAUCCUGCGGAGAUGCAUCGUGUAAAAGCGAUUUCUAAAUAUUCUUCCGUGUGUAUCAGGGCUGUGGCAGCGUGAUAUUAAGUUGCUGCCGAGCAAUAGAGAGCAUAGUACAGUUGGCUUUUAUGCAUUUACUAGGGCCCCCGACUUGAUACAGGUCGGAUAGUCCGGUGUUCACCAGAAACAUAUCUGUAAGAAGUGUGCAACCCGGGAGAACAAAUAUUUUUACUGCAUGUCAACUGUACAUGUGACCACCUGUAUAAGGGCCUACAUAGCAUGAUAGUUUGGAGCAUAGCCCUUUAGGCCCUCUGUCAGGUGAUGAAUUCAAUUUCUCCUUUUCUUUUUUUUUAUUGCAAUCAAAUCAACUCAGUUUUAGGGCCCACUUAAUACGACGUAGCCGUAGCAUGACGUUUGGAAGUGUGAAAAGCGCCAUGACCAAUCUCAGACGUUUGGACAUGUCCUUUUUUUCUUUUUUUUUUUUUAGAUAGAUGCCUACGAAGAUUCUUAAUAUAUCCCAUUUUUUAAUGUAAUAAAAGAGAGAAACGUGCACGAUUCGAAGAAAAAUUGUCGCGCGCCGAACCUGCGUUUGAUGCGUCGCCCUCAAAGUAUGCAGCACAGUUUUCAAAUUUUACAAUUUUUCUUUUUUUUUUUUUUCUUGUCUUCAAAGUACACAUAUAGGAUGUGCUGAGCAUUUACUGUUGUCAGCAUACGUGAGUGAAAUUUUAACAUGGCUUGUGGCUUAAUGUAACUCACGUGUACGAAAUGUGCAUGCCAUAUGUUUUUCUGCCAUGAUUUACAGCACAGUUUCAAUAAAUCGCACGUUGAUGUGUGGAAGGAAUGACA